AUGUAUUGUAGGGAGAAGCCAAAUUUCAGGGAGGAAAAUCACAAAGCACGACAAAGCCACAGAAAUACGCCGUCGUUUUCCUCCUCCCUUCUUGAUGAAAUCUACCGUUCCAUCGACGGGAAUGACGCAACAGCCCAAGAACCAGCGUCAAGAGCCCAGAGCUGCAGCAAAGGAGAUGAAGAAGAAAUGGGAAGAUUCACAAGGGCUUGUUUGGUUGACAAAUGGAUGGAGAAGGAAGUUCACGAGAAAGCUAAUAAUUUGGCCAGAAGAAGGCCGGAUUCAUUUCAGGACUAUGAUGUCUGGUUCUUCAGUUCAACUUCGACUUCUUCCGACAGUUCUGGCGCGCUCUCAUCAUCAGACACCGAACUCUUCUGUUCCACCAGAAAGCCCAAGCAGGUUUCUUGUUUCUCCACAAGGCCUAAACCUGUCCGGACCACCCGCGAAAGCAAUCGGCAAGACGAGUUUUUCGUGUCUGAUGAUGAUGAUGAUGAUGAUCGACAAAACCAACAGAAGAACAAAAAGGGAGAUGAUUUGAUGAAGUCGAAAUCGAGGGCCUUAAAGAUUUACGCCAAUUUGAAGAAACUGAAGCAGCCCAUCUCACCAGGGGGGAGGCUGACAAGUUUUAUCAACUCACUCUUUACCAAUGCCAACUCCAAGAAAUCAAGAAAUCCUGAUACAAGUAAAGGGUUUCAACAUUUGAAGUCUACUAAAACAACAACAGCAUCAUCAUCAUCAUCAUCAUCAGCUUGUUCUUCCGCUGCUUCGUUUUCGAGGUCGUCGUGUAUGAGCAAGAACUCAUCAUCACCUGAUGAAUCAAGGGACGUCGUCAAAACGAGAAAUGGGAAUCAAAGAACGGUCAGAUUUCAUCCUGUGAGUGUGAUUGUUGAUCAAGACUCCAAGGCUUGUGGGCACAAGAGCAUAUACGAUGAGGAUUGUGAUUAUAAGCAUAGAAGGCCUCCACUGCCGCCACACGCGUUGAAAAUGGCGGAGAAAAACAGGAAAGUUGAAGACGCUGCACAUCGUGUUUCAAAGGGCUAUCGAAAUCAUAAGAAAUACGAUUUUCCCAUGUUUAGGAAAAUUCGGGACAAGGAUGAAGACGAGGACGAUGCCGUGAGUGAAUCGAGCUCGGACUUAUUCGAGCUCGAUCACUUGACAGUGUUUGGAAAAAAUAGAUUUUGUGAAGAACUUCCUGUGUAUGAAUCUACUUAUUUUUUCGCAUAG